GGCUAGAUUGAAAGAAUGGAGUCAUUUACCUAUGUAUCGCCGUAUACCUAAACGCCGGACGCGUGAUGCAAAGUUUUCCACAGCCUGGUCCUACGGAUGGUGUCUCGCGAGUAAAGGCAGGCGUUGCAAAUUAAGAUCAUGAACUCAUGAAGAAAUAACAAGCUAUAUUUGCUUAGGCAAAGCUAUGAAUCUGAGAUUCAAGGAAGGUUCUUUUAUUUCUGACCACUUGAAUGAAUUUCAAGGGUGUUUUGAUCAGUUGUCAGACAUGGGCGUAAAGUUUGAGGAUGAGAUUUUAGGGCUUUGGUUGCUGAAUACUUUGCCUGAUUUUUGGGAAAAUCUUCGUGUGUCUUUGAUUAGUUCUGCUCCCGGUGGUACAGUAACUAUGGAGUAUGUCAAAGCUGUCGUUCUGAAUGAAGAAGGGCAUUUGAUGAAAAAUUGCUUCAAGCUGAAGAACAAAGACAAGAACAAGCCAGAAGGGAAAGAUGGUGAAAAUGAUCGCCAUGUUGCAACCACGACGUCAGGUGAUCUGAUAGUUGUUUCUGAUAACGACUUGAUUAAUGUUGCCUCUGAUGAAUUAAGUUGGGUUAUCGAUAGUGGUGCCGCUUUCCAUGUGACGUCAAGGAAAGAUUUCUUCACAUCUUAUACUCUAGGUGAUUAUGGGGUAUUGAAGAUGGGUAAUGAUGGUCGUUCACAUGUUGUUGGCAUUGGAGUUGUGGUCCUGGAAACCAAAACUGGGAUGAAGUUAGUGUUGAAGAAUGUCAGACAUGCACCAGAUAUUCGCUUGAAUGUGAUAUCUACUAGUGUCUUGGAUGAUGAAGGUUAUGUGAGUACCUUUGGUGAUGGGAAAUGCAAACUCACUAAGGGUUCUCUUAUUGUGGCUCGUGGGAAGAAGUGUUCAGAUCGAGUAUGGUCCGGAAAAGAUGUUUCUUAUGACCAUUUGCGCGUUUUUGGGUGUAAAGCUUUUGUACAUGUGCCAAAGGACGAGAGAUCCAAAUUAGAUGUCAAGACGAGGCAGUGCAUCUUUGUUGGCUAUGGUCAUGAUGAAUUUGGCUAUAGACUUUAUGAUCCUGUUGAGAAGAAGCUUGUCAAAAGCCGUGAUGUUAUCUUUAUGGAGGAUCAAAAUAUUGAAGAUAUUUAGAAGAUGGAGAAGUCGGAGUCUCAAAGUUAUGAUGAUCUUGUUGAUUUCAAUCCAACUCCCGUGGCUCAUAUGCCUAAUGAUACCAAUGGAGAUCAGAAUGAUGAUAACAAUCAUGUCCCACAUGAUUUUGCCGAUGGGCUAGAUAUCAUUGUGGUGCUGUUAUAUUGUGCAUUUGUACUCUCAAUUUGGUGGUAGUGGAGUUGGUUGGACCGAAGGGUCUCGUGGUUUUUUACUCUUUCACAUUGAAAGGGUUUUCCACGUUAAAAUCUCGUGCCUCAUAUCGCUUUAUUUUUCGUGCUUGGAUUAUCUUGUUACUUG